AUGGGAAAUUACAAAUCAAGACCGUCGCAGACAUGUACAGACGAGUGGAAGAAGAAGGUGGGGGAGUCGUACUCUGUCAUCGUUGAGAAGUUGGAAGAUGACCUUAAGCUCAAAGACAGUGAGCUCACGGACCUCCAACUUGCUUUUGGCUCCGAUGAGGCCUUUCAGAAGGUGAACGUAAGCUACCGCACAGAGAAGGGGCUGUCACUGCUGCAUCUCUGCUGCGUGUGUGGAGGGAGCAAGGCCCAUAUCCACACCCUGAUGCUCAAAGGCCUGCGUCCUUCCAGACUGUCCAGGAACGGGUUCACCGCUCUGCACCUGGCAGCUUACAAGGACAACGCUGAGCUGUUGACUGCUCUUCUCCACGGAGGGUCCGAUGUGCAGCAGCUGGGGUACGGCGCCCUCACUGCCCUGCACGUCGCUACAUUGGUUGGACACCACGAGGCAGCAGAUAUUCUCCUACAGCACGGGGCUUAUGUGAACGUCCAAGACGCUGUGUUUUUCACUCCACUGCAUAUUGCUUGCUACAAUGGCCACGAGGAGGUUGCAAAGCUGCUGCUGAAGUUUGAGGCAGAUGUGGAUGUGAGUGGUGAGGUGGGGGACCGGCCCCUGCACCUGGCCGCAGCCAAGGGUUUCCUCAGCAUCAUCAAACUGCUGAUGGGGGAAGGGAGCAAAGCCAAUGUUAACGCUCAGGACAACGAAGAUCACACUCCUCUUCACUUCUGCGCUCGUUUUGGUCACCAUGAUAUUGUGAGCUUCCUUCUGCAGGGCAACUUCGAUGUGCAGCCUCACUCUGUCAACAUCUACGGGGACACGCCACUACACCUGGCGUGCUACAAUGGCAAGUUUGCUGCGGUGAAGGAGAUUAUACAACAUUCUGGAACCGAAAGUCUUUCAAAGGAGAACAUAUUCAGUGAGACAGUACUUCACAGUGCGUGCACCUACGGUAAAGACCUGGAAAUGAUCAAGUUCUUGCUGUGUCAGAACGCCAUGAGCAUCAACCAUCAGGGCCGGGACGGACACACAGCCCUGCACAGCGCCUGUUUCCACGGUCACAUCCGCCUGGUACAGUUCUUGUUGGACAGCGGUGCAGACAUGAACCUGGUGGCCUGUGACCCGAGCAGGUCCAGCGGGGAGAAGGACGAGCAGACCUGCCUGAUGUGGGCGUAUGAAAAAGGUCACGAUGCCAUCGUCACCUUACUGAAACACUACACGCGUCCUGAUGACUCCCCCUGCAAUGAGUAUUCCCAACCAGGAGGGGAUGGGUCCUAUGUUUCUGUUCCGUCUCCUCUGGGAAAGAUCAAGAGCAUGACUAAAGAGAAAGCUGAGGUUCUGCUGCUCAGAGCCAGUCUUCCAUCUCACUUCCACCUGCAGCUGUCUGACCUGGAGUUUAAUGAAAUUAUCGGAUCAGGCUCCUUCGGGAGAGUCUACAGAGGCAAAUGUCGAAAAAAAGUUGUGGCCAUAAAACGCUAUCGAGCCAACACGUACUGCUCCAAGUCAGACGUGGACAUGUUCUGCAGAGAGGUCUCCAUCCUCUGUCGCCUCAACCACCCCUGUAUCAUCCAUUUUGAGGGGGCGUGUCUGGACGACCCCAGCCAGUUCGCCAUCGUCACUCAGUACAUCUCUGGAGGCUCGCUGUUCUCCCUGCUGCACGAGCAGAAGAGGCUCAUCGACCUGCAGUCCAAGCUCAUCAUUGCCAUCGACGUGGCCAAGGGCAUGGAGUACCUGCACAACCUCACCCAGCCCAUCAUUCACCGGGACCUCAACAGCCACAAUAUACUGCUUUAUGAGGAUGGACACGCGGUCGUGGCGGAUUUCGGAGAAUCCAGAUUCCUACAAUCUGUAGAAGAGGAUAAUAUGACCAAGCAGCCGGGGAACCUGCGAUGGAUGGCUCCAGAGGUGUUCACCCAGUGUACUCGCUACUCAGUGAAGGCGGACAUGUUCAGCUACGCCCUCUGUCUGUGGGAGCUGCUCACUGGAGAAAUUCCCUUUGCCCACUUGAAACCUGCUGCCGCAGCAGCAGACAUGGCCUACCAUCACAUCCGCCCCCCCGUUGGUUACUCCAUCCCCAAACCCAUCUCUGCUCUUCUGAUGAGAGGCUGGAACGCAAGCCCACAGGACAGGCCUGAGUUCCCUGAGGUGGUCUCCAGUCUAGAGGAAUGCUUGUGCAACGUUGAGCUGAUGUCUCCAGUCUCCAGUAACAGCAGCGGCUCCCUGUCGCCCUCCUCCUCCUCUGACUGUCUGUUGGCGCGAGGAGGACCAGGCCGCGGCCACGUGGCCGCCCUUCGCUCUCGCUUUGAGCUGGAGUACGCCCUCAACACCCGCGCCUAUGCCUGCUGGUCUCAGAGUGAGCAGCGGCGAGCGUCUGGAGGCCUCUCACUGGAGGAGCUGCGACGGAAUAUGCAGUUUCCUCCCAUUGAUCGAAAUGGGUACGUGUCCGACCCGAUGAGCACCAUGAGAUUCUGCUCGUCCUACAGCAGCAGCGGCAGCUUCGAGGACAGUAACUGACACCCGGUGCUUUGUGUGACGGCCUUAUGAUUUUAGAUCAUCAAUAUGUUAGAGAAUUUACUUUUAGUCAAAUUGUAUAAGUAGAUGGCAGGAGUGGUCCAUACUGCAGACCUAACUGUAUUUGAUAGAAGGAUAUUGUGUUGGUGAAUUCACAGAACACAUUUCCCAGUUUCAAAGUACACUUAUUAGUUUUA